AUGACAGCAUGGAUUUUGAUCGAUACUUUCUAUACGUUCUCAAUACUUGCGCACGAAAGUGAUUUCGACGAACUGGACAAAACGGACGAAUAUCGACAUGGCGAGGGCACAAAUGAAGAGCCAGAAGAUCGGGACGAGGACCAGGAGCUGCAACUUGUAUGCAAAAUCCUAAAUGAUCGAUUCAGCCCCAACGGAAGCAUGGCAGACUCCGGCAAGGUCUGA